GGCAGCGUUUUAGUUGAUUUUUUAAUACGUACAGCCGUAGAUUAAAUACGCGACCCGUCGCCACCGACACCAUAAAUCCCGCGCUGCCGCCGCACAGACGACCGCGGACACCGAUCGUCGACGCCGCCGCCACCAUAUACUAUAGCCCGCACAGCCGCCACCUGCAGCCAGGGGGUGCGUCUCGUUCGAAUAAUAUACACAGUCGUCCCGUCGUGGUCUUCCGAUCUUCGUCGUGUACGACAGCGAUUUUUCGUACGGACUGCGGAGUGCGCGAGUGUGACCACCGCCGCAACAGAAUAACUCGAUAAUAAUACAUAACUGCAUACAAUUAUUAUCAUAGUAUUAUAUAGUGUUCGGGGGGGUUGCCGCACGCGCGUUUCAGUGUGAGCUCGUGUGUGUUACUUUCGAUUUCUAUACGCGUCGACAACGACACAUAAGACGCGUGCGUUUUGGAAAAACCCGUUUCACGUGCGUGUGUGUGUGUUCGUGUAUUAACGACAAGUGCGCGUGUGUCUGUGCGCAUAGUGCAAUUUGAAACACAAGAACAUACCCACCUACUUACCUAAUACCAAGUAUUCGCGUUUCGACCUCCGCCGUCGCGUGUUUCGUGUGAUGUGGUGAAUGUUCGCGCGCAAACGAUGGCAGCAACGAUCGCAUCAGCCGAAACGGAACAGAUCAAGCAGGAGAUCGCAUCCGUCGUCGAAGAAGAACAACAGCAGCAGAGUCCUGUAGUGACUUCCCCGUCGACCGUCGACCGAGACUUUACCGAAGAGAUUGUAGCGCCACUGCCCGCGUCCAAGACGUCCGCAAUCUCCGCCCCGUUGCCGAUCGUCGGCAAGGCAUUUGACUUGAAGCGCGCCAGCGUAUCGUCCGUGGACAGCGACAUAUCGCUUUCUUACGACGCGGCACCGUUUUACCCGCGUUCGCUGAGCCACACCGGCGGUAUGUCAUCGGCCAACAACUCCAGCGGGUCCGGCACUGAUGACGGUGGCCGGCACCAUUCAGCCGCUUCCGCGGUCGCCGCCAUAAAUAACACGGACUCGUCCGAUUCGGCGUACGAGGGCGGUCAGCUCAAGUCCGGUGACGAGUCCGCACCGUUCGUAACGCCAGACGAGGAGACCACCAAGCGCAUACUUGACCAGGUGGAGUUUUACUUCUCGGACGUGAACAUCGUCAAAGACGCGUUUUUGCUGAAACAUGUCCGCCGCAACAAGGAAGGAUACGUGUCGCUGAAGCUCAUCUCAUCGUUCAAGCGGGUCAAGCACCUGGCCAAGGACUGGCGGGCUGUCGCGUACGCCAUAACCAGGUCGGAGAAGCUUGAGGUGAAUGAUUCUGGAACAAAGCUUAGGCGCAAGGAGCCACUGCCCGCGUACGACCAGACGACACCGUCCCGGACCGUCGUGGCCAUCAACCUGGCCGAGGAGAAACCGGUUACCAUCGAGUCGGUGGCCGAGUUAUUCCGCGGAUGUGGUGAGAUCGCGCUGAUCCGCGUGCUCCGUCCCGGCAACCCCAUACCGUCGGACGUCCGUCAUUUCGUCAACAAGCACCCAGAGAUGGGCAGCAAUGUGAGCGCUCUGAUCGAGUUCGUGCGCACCGAGUCAGCGCACAACGCGAUGAGCAAAGACUGGACCGCGGAAAAGGCCAAGGACGGGCAAUCCAUGUGUGUGCUGGAGCUCAACGCUCCCGCGUCCAAGAAGAAGGCCACCGCGGCCGCCAAGAAGUCGCCGAUGAACCGACUAUUCGACUCAGAGUACUCUUCGUCGUGCCAGAGUGGUUCCGAGGCGGAGGACAGGCAAAAGAUGCGCAUGCAGCGUAAGGUGUCCGCCAAUACCCUCAUGCGGUCCGACUCGUCAUGGAACCAGCGCAGGUGGUCCAGGGACUCGGGUACUGACAGCUCCGCGUCCGGGUACUCUCGACGCGACUCGUACGUACCGCCGCCGCAGCAUCACAUGCAGCAGCCCGGCGAUUACGGUCACAACAGGCGCAUGUCGUCUGGCUGGGACUCGAGCUCUGAAAGCUAUUACUCGGGCAGAUCGCGUUCCAGCAGCGGCGUGUCCAUACCGGAAACGUUUGGAAUGCGCCGCUUUUCGUUGGCCAACCGCGGCCCCGAACAGCAGCAACAGCAGCAGCAACCGUGCUGUUGUUGCGGCCACAACCAGCCGCCACAGCCACAGCCGCAGCAACAACCUGUGGCCAUGCGCAGACACUCGACACAGGACAACGGGCACCACUACGAUAUGAGGCGGUGCAGCAGUAGCAGCAGCAGCAGCGGCGGCGGCGAUAUGAUAAUGCGCAAGGACUCGACAUCAGACUACUGUUGCGGCAGCCAGCCGAGGGAUGGAUUCCACAACUGGUCGCGGAAGAGCAGCUCGUCGUCGAUGGGCGAGGGAGGCAUGGGCCGGCGCCUAUCUGUCGACUCCGAUUCAUCGGGUGGCAGAGGCCGCCGCCCCAGUUUGGGCCUCGUGACGCCGGAUAACGUGGUCAGGAUGCCCAAGGGCCCAGACGGUUGUGGCAGCCGCGGUUUCCAGAGGGAGCCGAUGUUGGACUCCACCCUUUACGAAUGAACAGCUGAACGACAACGACACGAUGAUAAUUAAGAAUAAUAUUAUAUUAUUAUGAUUAACAAUAUUUAUUAUUAUUAAUGUAUACGGCAACUACGCGGAUUUGAGGGACCCGAAGCAAGGAAAAAAAAAAUUUACAAAAAAAAAUUAUAUCGAUCUAUAUAAUAAUAUAAUAUAAUAGGUAUUUUUAAUAUCUGAUAUAGGUAUAAUAUAUGAUUAGUUUUUAAUUUAAGCGGUUUGGAUAUUUAGGUACUUGUAAAAUAAAAAUGAAUUUAAGGAACAAAGGCGACUUCCCUGCCGUUUAAUCGGCAGUAUGGUCCAUAUAAUAUAUAAUUUAUUUUUAUGUCAAAAACAUGCCAUAAGUAAUAAUAUGUGUGUAAAUUGACAAAUUUUAUCGGCUGUACGAUUUUAUUUGUCGAAUGCAGGCAUCAUACAUUGGCGUGCGAGUAUUUUCUUGUUUUAUCGUUUAUACUUUGUAGAAGUCGAGGUUUAGGUACGCUUUAUACUUAUAUCUAUAGUAUAAUUUACCUACCUCGGUGGUUUGCAGGAGCUUCGAUUCCGCGUUAAUUUAUUGAAUAUUUAUUAUGAUGGCAUAGGUACUAAUACCAUAUUUAUAAUAUGUUUAUUUGUAUACCUAUAUUUAUUUAAUUAUUUAUUAGUAUUUAUUAUUUAUCAAUAUUAUUCGCAAGAAAUUAAAAUAAUAUUAAUCUAUUUAUAUGGUGAUAUCAUUAUCAUUACUAAAUUGUCGAUGUAGGCAUUUAAUUUAUUAAGUUAUUAUUAUCGAAGUAUAAUAUUAUGUUACCGGUAUAUUGUAAAACCAUAAUAUGUUGUAUUAAUGACAUAUGGUUUAUUUAUUUAUAUUUAUGAAAAUAAACGUAAUAUAUUAUAUACUUACAUA